ACUAAUGUUCGGCUGCCAUCGGAUACCUUACCAGGUGCUUCGCAAUGAGCAGAGCAGACCACGCUUUUCUUGGUGAAUCACAGCCUGGGUGAACCAUAUAUCCACGAGAAAAAAAAAAACGCACGGUCGAGUGAUAUUCCUCAACCGUCAUACAGAAAAAACCCGCAGUUCUUAUAGAAAUGGUAUUCAGUGGGAUUUUAGGCUAUCUAUUAGGUUCUUAAAUAGGUUUUUAAUUUGAUAGGGGCAUCAUAGGGAUCAGACCGACAAGCCGAGGAUAAAGCUUAUCUUAGCACCCGAUACCCUUCUUCUUCUUUCAGCCACAUUCACCCUCAGUAUAUGACCGGCAUCUUUCAUAAAAAAGUACCUCUCCCUAUCCGGGUUCAGUAACUGAUUAAAGCGACUAGUAUGGAAUAAGUUAGGUAAAUGAAUAAUGUGAAUCAAGAGCGUCGCUUGGCAGAUGCUCUGCUGGCUGUGUAAACCAACAGAAAUAGAACCCCAGAAACCUCAUUUAGAGAGUUGCGUUAAAAAAAAUCCGUAACAACAACAACGCCCUCGGGCCCCCUUAACCGCCGAACACACAUAAGUGUUCGAAAUGCAGGAACGUAUAGUUCAGCCAGCAUUGACACUGCUCUUGACGAUCUCUUUAUAUUUGCUUGAUAAAGAUUUCAGUAUUAAAACAAAUUAUGACAACAGGCGAGGAGCUGAACAGAUAAAGUAAAAUAAAGGAGUGAACGAAAAAUCAAAAGAAACAACGGUAUAAGCGGCAGUCUGACCUCUCAUAAUGACUGUGAGCACAAAAAAUACGAAGGCCGGAUUGUCCUCUUAAGGGAACUGAUCGUUUACGCCCAUGCUUACAAAAGGACCUCUCGCAAGUCAUGUUAUGUCCCAGAAUUCUGCUAAUCGACCUUUAUAUUUUUGAUCACCCUGUGUUUUUUCUCUGAAUACCUAAAAUUAGAGGAGCUGCGUACCAGGGCCCGGUUGCAUAAAACGUCCGUAACAACUACAGGUACACGUACGUGCACUCGUAACUUAAGUGAGUUGCAUUAAAUCACUUAAGUGGUCCACUUAGGGAAUUCACUUAAGUGGUUGCACUUACGAUUUUCGUAAGUGUUCACUUAAGUGUCUUUUAUGCAACAGAAAUUGCGGGUGUUGCAUAAAACUUUUUUUACGGGAAAAAUAGCACGUAAAUUUACGAGACCUAUGUAGGUCCCGUAUCCUUACUGUUUUUACCAAAGUUAACGAGAUCUUUUACUGAGAAGUGAACCAAAAAAAAGUUUUUUCUUUACGUAAUUCCGUUCUAAUGCGCUUUGUUAACCUCUGAUGGACAGUUUAAAGCCGUUGUUAAGAAAAAAGAAGGACAACAAACACUUCCAGUGGAUAUUGAAGUAAAAUAAUGAUGUCAUGUAAACUUUAUUUGAAUCAGAGGCUUAAAGGUAUUCGAAACGACUUGACACUUUCUUUACACUCACCGAUCGUUAACUUAAUUCAAAAAAAUAGAGCGAAUCAAAUUAAUAAUUAAAAGUACUAUAUCAAACUUACGUGUGCCCUUAAGUGAGCCCGUAAGAUACCACGUAAAACAGAAACUUACGAGAGUGCUAAGUGUGUUCCAUGCAACACCCGUAAGUGUACCCAUAACGGAUUCGUAAGUGACCUACUUAAGUGGGCACUUAAGUGCAGGUUUUAUGCAACUGGGCCCAGGAGCUCGGGAGCGUACUAGGAGCAGCGUACUAUUGAAUUCUCGGGUAAACGAACUGCUCGACACCAAGCCGACUGUGUUUUUUGUUACCUCAAAGUAAAAUCAGGACCCCAGGAUGAUGGGACAUUACCGACUCUUGUAGUAAUCGCCCUCAGUCCUCUGCGCUUAGGUGAAACUAAGCGACGUCUCAAGGACAGAUUUAACGAACACAGACGUGCACUAGACAAAACUAACAUUAAAUCUAAACCCACUACUGUUUCUGAACACUUUCUCUGUCACUGUAAGCGUUCUCAUACUGACAUGCAGUUAAUCCCACUAGAGAAAAUUCAUUCUUCACGUGACUCAAUUCGUAAGGCCAGGGAGUCGCAUUUGAUAGAUAAGGCCAUGACUCUUGAACCUCAUGGCCUAAACCGCAGUGACGAAUUAUUUUUCCUUUCCAGUUUUUAUGUUGUAACGUCAUUUCCGCCUCUCCCUUUUAUUGCGAAAUUCUCCAUCUAUAUAAUAUUGUGAUUGCUACAUAAGUUCAGUAACAUCUGUAAACCUGAAGAAGGCUGGUAUGGCCAGCCGAAAUAUUGUUAUAAAAAACAAUACACGUUGUUUUAAAUCAGCUUUGCAGUAGUCUUUUGACUUCUCGUUCAUGCUAUUUUAGUAACUUCCGGGUUAGUGACGAUCGAUUAGAAAACUUAUGGGGGGACAAACAAAGUACAAAAAAAAUUAGUCGUGCAAGGGAAAAUUAAAUAAAACAAUUUCAUGCACGAAAGAUGAAAGAAAACCUAAAAAAAUUUAUGCACUGGCCUAAAAAAAUUGAUACAAGAGAAAUGUUAACAAAAGAAACUCCCCCCAACGCUUUUCUAAUGGUACGAUUCAAAUGUUUUUUUUUUUUUUUUCAAUGAAAAACAUUGUCACUGUAAUUCAAUUUGUUUUAAAAGUUUUCUUUAGCUUUUCUUUAUCUACCGUAGGGACGGACCAUUAGAAAACUUAUGGGGAGGGGGGGGAGGAGGCGAAGUACCAAAAAAAUAUUCGCGCAAGGGAAAAUUAAAUGAAAAAAAAAAUUCAUACACGCCAGUUAACCCUUAAAAACAUUUAUGCUAUGGCCUAAAAAAGAUCAUACAAGGAAUUUGAUAACGAAAAAAAAUACCUGCGGCUCGAAAAUUCCCCACCCGCACUUUCUAAUGGGCCGGACACGCGUGCAAAACGUCUGCGCAUGCAUAAAAUAAUUAAAAUUUGCAAAAUCUUCCCCAUUUAAAUUGAAAAACACUUAGGAAUGUUUGAUAUGUUUAAUGGUUUGCAGCCGGUUCUAGUAUUAAGCACAACAAAAAAUUACUUAAACUAACUUGCAUCGACUGGCUUUUUUCGUGGUUUGACAGUAAACUCAGGAUGACUCGAGAACUGUUUAUUAUAGCUCGUGCUUUGCAGUGAUAACACCACCGUGUGCCCGGGCGAUAUGCUGUCGUUCGAGAGCCAAUCUCGUCAAAUAUUGGGUAAAAUCUGCGAGGAAUUGGCUUUGAAUCCAGGCGAGAAGGGGUUUUUCUGUCGUGUGUUGGACAGGAGCAGCGCACGUCCUUUCUUCGCAACUCAUCCCAAUGUCGCCGGCAAACAUGGGAGUUUACCGGCAAACCAGCAACACGGUUGAGAGCUUAAGACAGCUGGUAAAGUCGUCCAGUACAAGGUUUUUCCGUCCUUGUUUUUCCACUUAGCAUGCAUUUGUCGUUUUCGUUGUUCGCAUUGACCGAGCUCAGCGACAUGAUGACCAAAACAGCAACAAUGGCUACGGCGAAGUGCUGCCAGAGCGAGCGUGGACUUUCAAACAUGAUUUUCGCCUUUGGUGCAAGGAGGAAAGUAUGUGGUGCAAAAGAGAGAAACUAAAGCAAUUAAUAAACUUUGCGUUCGUGAAAUUCUAAGCUUAUCUUUUGUGUGUGGAGCUUGCUUUUUUGAAUUUCGCGGCCGAAAUCUAGUUUGUUUUGGUAUCGCGUAUAAUUUCGAUGGGGGGCUACAGCAUGAAAAAUCAAAUUUACGUGAGCGUAAUGACAACGUAAAGUCAGCGUAUAGUUGAAUUUUACACAACUUUACGCUUCCUUUACUCUACGUAAAGUUCAGCUUUACAGCACCUUUACGCGUACAUAUAAAGCUGGCGUAAUGAAACAAAAACUUUACGCAACACCUUUACGUUUUGCGUAAAGCUUGUGUAAACCCUACUUUAAGCUUGUGUAAAGCGAAAAUACAAGCUCCUUUACGCCAUAUAUAUAUACACAUAAACACACUGGAAACUUUAAAGGGAAAUAUGAUGGUAAUCGGUAAAUUUUUCUUACCAAACUUUUAACAAUCAAAAUUUUAUUUUUGUCCAUGUCACACAAACAUUGGAUUUUUGUUAUGUACGUAAUACCGGUUAUUUUCUUUGGUUCCCCAUCAUCUCUCCAUAGUAUUUACAAUCUAGAGCCAUGGAGGAUUACUCAUAUAUACAUUACAAAUAAUUGUAUGAGUAAUCCUCAAUUCAAGUUUCGACACAAAAUAAAAUACCCUAAUAUGCAACAACACUUCAACACACAGUUAAAGGAUUAGGCCAGAAAUUUUGUUUUUAUUCUUCAAAACUGACAACAAAAACGAAAAGUUAUAAAGCGUUGAGAACCCAAUAGACCUAUAGAAAAAUAAGAACCCAACUUCAAACUGACAUUAGUCAUCCCUACUAUUAAGUUAUAACUUGCUUUAAUGGAGUUAUAUUGUUUUACCAGUAGAUGAACUUUGAAUAAGUAGUAGUUUAAAAAAUAGGGCCCCUUUCCGUUUCCAAUUUUGCAUUACCAUAACCAAUUUUCAAAUUGCCUAUCUUUAUUUUUACAUUUCAAAUCCCAUGAAAAUCGCCAGGUAUGCUACAUUGUUGUAACUGCAAAGGCUGCAAAUACGAAUCGCAUUCUUUAAGUUUAGUCCCGCAAAGAGUGAUAUUACAAGAUUUUAAAAAACAAAACACACUGAUUCUCUAAAACUGAAUUUUCUAAAUAUAACAUGAUUUAUUUCUGUGUUAGCAUCUUUGUCAUUACAUUAAAAAUAAAAAAAAAAACGAAAAUUUUUCCAACACGUAAGGUUUAAAUAAGAAGAUACAGUGUACAUAAACUUUUCAAAUGGGUCAAAACAGUCUUCUCAAAAUAUCCAAAAAAAAUCAUCUUAACUUAGUAUUAUACCAAAUUAAGAUGAUUUAUAGUUUGAAAUAAUUAUUAGCAUUUACAUGUAAGGUACAGGGUGUACAAGAAAACUGAUGAAGUUAAAUUUUGAUAAAAAGCAGCAACUCUAACACGCAAAUUAAUGUAAAGGUGGGUCAAAAUGGUCUCUUCCAAAAUGAAAAUAUUUAGUAUAAUUUAGCAUAAUUCAAAUUAAAAGCUUAAACAAUUUUAGAUAAGAAAUAAAAAGACUGAAAGCCUAAUAAAUGUACAACAUUGAUGGUUUCUUGAUUUAGCCCUUUCACUCCCAGAAGUGUUUACAGUCAAACUUAACAACAAAAUCCAAAUAACAAAUCAUUUUCAUAAACUGAUGAUGUAAAAGUUAGAUGCACAAGGCUGUCACUAAGAUUGCAAGUUGCAGGGUUUAAGUGAAAUUAGUGAGUGGGACAUUGAAAAUGUGGAAAAUUUCGUUUCCUCUCAAAACAGCCAAGUAUUGGGCUCAAAGUAGCCGAUUUAAAGUCUGGUUUAUGGCCCUUAGUGACAGCCCUGGAACCACUUUACAAGAUUAAGGCUUGUAAUUAACAUGUAUUAAUCCUGUUUGCUUUGAGAGGACUUUCUGUCACCAACAUCCCAUACCAGGCUGAUCUGCUGAAUAAAUAGAAAGCAAGUAUUAUUUGAGUAAACUACACAGAUUAUUUGUAGGCUAGUGAUAAUACACUUAAUCGCACACUAAAGGCACAAGUACAUGUACAGUAAGGGGGUGUUUACAUGAGAAAACUCACACCGGCGCGAGUCUCAUACCGGGAUGACUUUUUGAUUUUGUAUCGGGUUUACAUUAUGACUGAGUCAUUUCAUAUCUCGUUAUUUGAAGGUGCACUUUAUGUUGAUAAAAUACAAGUGUGAUACAAAAUAGCAAACAUUACACGUGCGCUACCCAUUCCAGUCUACCGGCAGACCGAUUUCAUGCCCAAAUAGGUGGUCGUUUCGCAUUUACAUGAUACUGUCUGUGUCAUGAGAUUUUGUACCAGAGUGAAAUUCUCGCCUCGGUACAAGAACCGGGGUGAACUCACGCUGGGGUGACUCGCACCUGCAUGACAUUUUGUGGUGGUAUCAUGUAAACAAAUAUAGAGCUAUGAGAGGGAACCGGAGUGAACUCACUCCGGGGCAAAAGUUGCCCCGGUGUCAUGUAAACACCCCCUAAGUUGUCAGAGGACACCGCCUGCUAUUACUAAUUAAUAAUAUUUUUUCCUACACUCAUGGCCAAAUUACUACAAUCAGCACAAUUUUACUUGACACAGGGUUCCCCACAUGCCUCUUUUCACAAACCAAGACUAAAAAUUUGAAAAAAAUGAUAAGGCAUUUUCCACAAGUGGUCUAAUAACAGUGCAAAAUGAGUAGCAAAUGAUUUCAAUGUCCACAAAUUCACACAACUGAAUAAGAUUCAUCUGACUGUUAAAGAUUCAAAAUGUUUGACUAGUAUGAGUUAAAGGAUUUCCUUAAAGGCGAUAAUAUUUACAUUCAGAACCCUACUUGCAGUUGAGUGAAAAUCAGGGUAAAAUGCUACAUGGAAACCCUAUAAUAAUAAUAAUAAUAAUAAUAAUAAUAAUAAUAAUAAUAAUAAUAAUAAUAGUAAUGAACUUUAUUAAAGUCUCAUGUCUUAUAACACAGGCACAGUGCCUUACUAGUUGGGGAGACUGAAGCAUAUAUAUAUGUUAAAUUUAUUAACAAUGGUUUAUUAUAUUAUUAGAGUUCAAUGUUUUACAAUGUAUAUCUUUUUUUAUUUUAAUGUAUGCAUUUUUAUAAAAGUAUCAUCCAUUAAUAUCGUUGUAAAGUGCUAUGAAAAACCACUGGAUGUACAUUAUUAUUAUUAUUAGAGAGUAAGCAGUGCGCAAAGAAAGUAGUGUCCGAUAGCCCGGGGCUAGUGGAUUUUGCUAUCGAGCUAGUGAAUUUUGAACUUAACUUGCCCGAUGGGCAAGUGAAGUUUUUUUGAGGAAUUCAAAUUAACGAAGAACUGUGAAAUCGAUUCUGCUCAUCAAAACUGUUUGGGGACUAGUUGAAAUGACAUUUGGGCUAGUAUAUGCCAGCUUCAGCUUGCCCGAAUGGCAAGCUUUAAAAAUCACCUUCUUUGCACCCUGGUAAGAGAGAAAUUUUCCUAUCCACUUGUCCUUCACACAAGUAAUACAUUAAAUUUGGUUGUCUGAAACCUAGAGUUCUUGUCCAAAAAGUUUAGCUUGCAACGGGCAUUUAAUGUUUUUAAUCACAUUAUUUAAUCACAUUAUUACCCUUGUAUAUUGUUUUUGAAUUAAACCUACAACAGAGCUUGUAAAAAAGCAAAUGGAUGAAACGACUGGCAGUGGAAUGGCAAAGUUAAAUGGAAUAUUGUUUCUUAUCUUUAUUUUUCUAAUUAAAAAUGUGCUUGUCCCACGGACAAGUCAUAUCAAAGGUUUACAUGUUCGAACUAAAUUUCUACCUGUCCCGGACUAAAGUUCCAAAUCAAUAAACAUCCCUAGCCUUCUCAUGAGCUCCACCAAAGACUUUCAGGGAAAAUAUAGAAACAUAUAAGCACCUUAUUCCCAAAAGUUUCAAAUUUUCCUGAAACUUUACCUAAUAUAUUUUUUUCCUUUUUAAUACGAAACGUUCAAGGUUCCUAGUUAAUGUAACAGGAGUGAAGCCACUUUGCUAUUUAAAGCCCUUAUCCUCAAUCUUGAAAACAAUGCCUCCUAAUAAUAAUGUACAGUGUACCCAGUAAAUAAAGCAGCCUAUUUUCUUUCCUUGCCACCAGGGACAUUUCACAAGAGAGACAGUUGUAUUUGCAGAUUAAUAAUGGUGUAUGUAGACAAGAGAAUCCAAAACAGCUAUGACUGCUAUGACUCUGUUAACAGUCUUAUCUUUCACAACUUGUUUCUUUAAAUUUUAUUUUCGUUUAAACCUAGAUUUACUGACGAUACAACUAUGGUGCAAAUAGAACAAUUUCUGGUUUCUGGUUUCAUGACUGUGUGCUUUGCUUCCCAAAAAGUAAGGCAUUCAAUUUCCUGACAGUAUGUGCUGCACUAUAUCCUCUCAAGAACCACAAUAAAAUUUCAUAGGAGCAGUGCCCAAUGAAGAUUAAAAUUAAUGGUAAUAUAUGAAAUGAAUCAUACUUUGAACUGCAGAUGAAGGUACGAAACUGUGAAGAUGUUAACAACUAUGUUGGCACUUACAUGAAAAUACAUUCUAAUUCAACCAUGGUCUGCAUUAGCUAUACAUUGAAAGACUCAUGAAAAUGUCUAUUCAUUCUCUGUUCAUUUAAGUUAAAACCCACGUAAUUUAAAAUCAAAAAUAAACUUUUGUAUCUGCUUCAAAAAAUACAUGCAUGCUGUUAAAUUAUUCACCACUUAUGACGCUAUGACUGCCCGGGGAAUUGGGAAGCUUGGGUUUGUUAUUGACUGACGCAUGAAAGUAUAGAACCAGACUACGUAGAUUAUCUUUGCCUACUUGCAAAUUCAACACUUGUUAACACUUUUCUAUUCUGUUUAUUAGUUCUUCUAUAGUCUGUGAAAAUUUUCAUAAGAAUGUUUGUAUCACAUUACAUGUAAGCUUACUUUAUACAGAUGUCCUUUCUUAAUUCCAUUAUUUUCUUUUAGUAAUUCCCAGUACCAGUGACCAAACUCCUAUUUUCCAGUACAAAACAAGGAAAUUCUACUCCUUCACACCCCCAAAGUCCUUACAUGAUUUUACAUUAUCAUCUUCAACGUCAUGGUCUCGUUGCUUGCUUAGUAUUGAAAGGUUAUGCCAAAUAAAUACACAUGUUUAGUUAUAAUUUACUUUAAACGGUUAAUGCUGGUUUCAUUGCUCACUGAAAUGUUAGUUACUGAGUACUUGAGACAGUCAUUCGAACUCGUCAUAAACAAGUUGGAAUUAAGCUUAAAAAGUUAGAGAAAAGGCGAGCCAGGACAACUUACCUUGCCUUACUAUCUGCUCUUUUCAGCGAGAUCUUGAGUAUCGAAGAGCCUUAGUAAUACGUGUAAUACAGUCUUGGUCUGUGUUGUGAACAUUCCAGUGUUAAUGCUUGUGCUUCAUCACACGAUGUUUCUGUCUCCAUUUCUGACUGAGUAUCUCGUCCCGAAAGGGUUGCUGCACACUUGAGAAGUGAUCGAUUACUAAAGGCUGAUAGUGCCAUUAUAAAUUGCAACAACCUUAAGAUGUCCUGUGAUGCUAUCAAGAAGCAUAAUAUACGAACGAUCUCCAACCUUUCAAAGAAGCAAGUUUGAAACCGUUGGACACUUUCAAAAUGGACGCCAAAUCAACGAACCUGAUUGAGCAUGUGCAAAGGAACAAGCCCGCUGACCAGGUGUCCCUUCACUCUAUUGUUUCCAGGCCCCUUUCUUUUAACAAAUUGUCCGUUCCCAAACCUGAAGUCCGCGGACUUAAAAUAAGGAAGCGAUAAAGGAGGUUCAACGAUGAAGCCAGUACUCCGUUGAAUGUAAAAUGGUCACAGUAAUUUGUGAAUGCGUUCUUUCUCUUUAAUGCGUUCUUUCUUUAAGUAAGACUCGCCGUUUUUGCGAGGCGAUAUUUUUUCUUUAUUUUCCAAUUAUUUCAAUUUGAUCAAAUUACAGUUGAAACUCUCUACAACGGCCACCUUAGGGACAUCGAAGAAAGUGGCCAUAGUAGAGAGGUUGAAAGAAGAGUAAAUGUAUGUCAUGUAUGGACCGUCCGCCGAAAAAAAAAACAACAAAACAAAAAUGGCCCGUGUAGAGAGGUGACCGUUAAGGAAGAAACACCUUAUACUGACUGAAAUCAAUGAGGGAAUACUACUGAGUAUUGAAGGCUAUUGUGUUUGCCGCGACAGAUAUGCCGUUUUUCGAAAAUUGCCGCACAGUCGCAAGCUAUAUCUUUGCAUGAACUCUGCCAGCAGAAUUUUCUUUUCAGCGUCAUUUGCGUGUACGAAGUCGUUCGCACGACCAAAAAAAAUUUGCGUGGUUGGCUUGUUUACAUCGCACACCAACAUCGAACACCAAAUGAGUGAUCAAAAAAACUAUGCGAACUAGUAUCAGGACACAAACGACUUACUAAAAACAGUGCCGGGAAUAAAUUGCUGUUAGGAAUUAAGCUAGCAUUAUAUGACAACCUUACUAAACCUUUACUUGUAGCGUAAAUGAGCGUAAAGCUGUUACAA